GCAUAAUGUUGUUUGGUCAACGCUGACUGUGGUUCGAACAAAUGGCCAUGGCAAGGUUACCAUUAACUACACUCAACCUGAAACAGUUCUUGCAGAGACAGAAAGUUCUAGGUUUGUACCGUAAUAUUUUGAGGACAAUCCGCCAAGUGCCCGAGGAAGCAGAUCGUAAAUAUUUGAAGGACUGGGCAAGAGAGGAGUUCAAGAGGAACAAGGAGGCCACAGAUCAGUUAAGUGAGCAGAAGACGAACCGAUCACCAAAAGGCAUAAAGGACGCCAUCCGGAUGAUGAUCACACAGGCCAACAAUCACCUUGAGGAGCUGAAGAGAUCUCUCGCUUUGGCUGGACGGUGAAAAGCUGCGAAUGCAGGCUCCUGCAUGAGUAACCUGGACUGACGGGAGGACUCGCAGUGCUGAAGGCAUGGGCCGCGGGCAGAGAACAUGGCCUCCAUCGCCCGAUGGUGCAGACUGCUGCGUCGUGAUGUUCCUUGCUCUUUGUUACCUGAUCGUGUUUUUACGUUCGAAUGGAGAAAUCGCGCUGUUAGUUUUUAUGUAAACGUGUUUUUCAAUAAAAGCAAGCCGAAUAAA